CUGGGUCUGGAAACUUGUGAUACAAGGAAGGAAAUAGUGCGCACACUCGAAUGCACUGCCAGUGCCAAGCAUGACAAGUUUUUUCGUGGUUUUGAGUUGCGUACUCCGCAUGAGAAACAGAAACUGCGUUUUAUUUGCAUGACAGGCAAGACCAAGAGGAGCUCUUUGCGGUGACGCAGCACAGAGUUCAGAGUGAACAUCAUGCCAGACUAGCAUGACAAAUCUCGUUGGAAUCUCCCAGACCCAGACGUAUUUGCAUCUGAUAAAAGUAGUCCGUAGCCUGUUUGGCGAGCAACGACGACCACUUAAGGGAAAUACUACUACAUUAUUAAGCAACACAAAAAGAAAAAAUAUAUCGUCAAAAAAGCAAAAUGUGAAUUCGCGCGCCGGUGUAAUUUCUUCUAAUGAGAGUCGCUUGUUAUUAAUGUUACCCUCCACAACUUCGAGCAGCCUCGCGUGUUUGAUUGUAUUUUGGUAUGACAAGGUAGUAAACCGGGGCUUUUCAGAACCACACAGAAAUCGGAUUUUUAUGAAGCGGAAUUUUGACCAACAGACGGUCAAACAGGGCCGAACAUUGUGGAUGAAAAUUCAUGUUGCAAAAAGUACAACUCGAUUUUAUGUAUUAACACAGAAAAACUUCUGUAUAUGGCAGGAGAGAAUAAAUCAGUAUCAGAUCGAAUGGAACUCCACGGUCGUCCAUCAAGGCGGAGAUAAAAAGAGGCCGUGAAAGUAUAAGUAAAGCUGAAGUGUUGAUUUCAAGAACCACUGCUAAAUUACUUAAUACCCUGUCGCACUUGACAAGAUGGGCAUCCGUCGCGGCGGGAUCUCCCCG